CACACCACAGACUGCUUCACAGUUUUUCCUCAGUCGCUUUGACACAAUUAAGCCUAAGGUGACAAUUUUUAGUUUCAGCAUCUCUGCUGGGUGAUAAGUUAUCAAAUUUCUCUCAGACUAUUUAUCAACAUAUUUAUUGUGUAAAUCCAUAUGUAAAAUAUUGAAUCCAACCAUCAUUAUGUUGUAAACACAAAUAAAAUUCAGAAAUGUCACUAAUCUGGUAUUGUAAUAAUGCCAGAAGAAUUGAAAAAAGGCCAUUCUUGAGAUUCAAACAGUAACAUGUUUCUUGAUGAUUUGAGCAACCACAUGUUGUCAUUUCACUUUUCAAGCACAUUUAUACCCCAGAUAACUCCAUCAGACAGGACUAGAUUUGAGAGUAAAGAGGGAGGCCAACGGAUAAGAUGUUGGGUAUGGUUGCACUACCUAGCCCAAGUUUGUGCCUUUUGUGUAUUAUAAUUUCAUAAUGGUAGGCUGAUACAUGGGAGUCACAAAGUCUGACAAAAGACUUGUUCCACUUAUUUGUAACAUAUUUAGGCCACUAUUCAGUUGGCUGAAGAGGAAAUUCUGUCAAUCUUAAUCAAGUUAAAUGAAUGAAUUACUUAACUGAUGAAUGAAUGGAAAGUGUCAAUUUGGUGACAGCAGGCCUACAGCAGUUGAUUAAUUUAUUUCUGAGACAUGAGUUUAACAUUUACUUGUAGCUUUUGCAAGUUGAAUAAAAGUGAAUAAAGUGUUGUGACUCACAGUCACUGGCGGUUGUUUCAGUAUUGAGAAAAUGUGCGUAAGCGCUCAACUUUGAUAUAACUAUCAACUCAGCUCUAGGCUUAAAGACAGUUCACUGCCUGUAGCCUACAUGUUGUCGGGAAGCGAUACAUUACUACGCAUGCGUGCCACGGAGCAACUUCUAGUUGAUACGUUACGUCUCACAGUUACGUCUCACAACAUGUCUUCAUUAGGUUCAACAUUACAGAUUACAAAUGUUAAUAGUAUGCAAAAAACGCCAACAUUAAUAUGACACCUACAGUAGUUUUUCUAAGCGACCUGGGGGGUGUAAGCGAAGAAGGAAGUAGUUCAAAAUUACUCCCAGAAGAUUUUUCAUCUUUGUUUUGUAGUUGGCAAACGGCCCGAGCCGGCAGACCCUGCUACGUCACUUCCUCAAGUUAUUUCCAUUUGUUUGUGGCAAACGCUCUCAGUUAUCUAGUACAUUACACACCAAAGAUAACGUUACAGUUUUAUCUUACAACAUGUCAGGGAGGAACUUGUCUUGUCUAUAUUUACCAUAAAUCGACGUAACCUGAAAUUAUGCGAGAAAUACAAUAGCUACCAAACGUGUUAGCGUUAGCAAAGACAGGAAAACGUGCGUUCGCAAACACAAGUAGUUGGUCGGCUAACGGUAGCUAGCUAGUUUGGGGUUAAUUGGCUAACUAUUGUUCGCUUCCUUAUUCCUGGUUACCCUUGGUGUUGUAGUGUUGGCUAACGUUAGCUGACUUACUCACAAUUGCAAACUGAUGGAGUGCCCUCAUCUGAACUCAAACGUGAGCUUUACGAUCGAUUCCUCCAGGUUCCCUAAUGGUACUCCUUCCUCCUGGUGCUGCAACGUUUGCAGAUCUAAUAAAAGUCCAUGGAUUUGCCUUACCUGCCUGAUGGUCCACUGUGGACGGUAUGUUAAUGGCCAUGCAAAGAAACACUUUGAAGAGAGUCAUGUCUUUGGCAUUAGCCAAAGGAAGGGUGAGAAACAGGACAAAGAGAAAUCUCAUCAUUCUGUCUGCAUGGACUGCAGCAACUACAGCGUAUUUUGUUACAGAUGUGAUGACUUUGUUGUAAAUGACACCAAACUCGGGCAGGUGCAGAAGGUGAGGGAACAUCUCCAGAGUUUAGAAAACUCAGCGCUGAUGGGUGACAGACAAAGGAAAAGAAAACUUCAGGAAAGCCCAGCUCCAGACAACAAAAUGUUAAAAGACAAUGAUGGGGUGGCUUUAGGUGCUACAGGCCUGCGGAACUUGGGCAAUACAUGCUUCAUGAAUGCCAUUCUGCAGUCCCUCAGUAACAUAGAGCAGUUCAGCUGUUACUUCAAGGAGUUGCCUGCAGUGGCUCUGCGCAGUGGUAAGACGGCAGGAAGAAGGAUGUACCACACCCGCAGCCAAGGGGACAACAGUGUGUCUUUGGUGGAGGAGUUCAGGAAAACCCUUUGUUCCCUGUGGCAAGGGAGCCAGACCGCAUUCAGUCCGGACUCCUUAUUUUAUGCUAUAUGGAAAAUCAUGCCAAGCUUCAGGGGUUACCAGCAGCAGGACGCCCAUGAGUUCAUGCGUUACCUGCUAGACCACCUCCACAGGGAGCUCCAGUACAGCCGGAACGGGGCAGCUCACCCAGUCUCACCUCAGGAUGGGGUCAGACUCUCCACCGCAGAGGGCAAAUGCUGCAUAAACGGGACUGCCAGUGUUGUCACUUCUAAUUUUGGUGGUAUACUUCAGAACGAAGUGAACUGCUUGAUAUGUGGGACAGAAUCUCGAAAGUUUGACCCAUUUCUUGAUCUGUCUUUGGACAUUCCCAGCCAGUUCAGACAAAAGAGAAGUAAGGACCAGGAGCCAGGGCCGACAUGCACCUUACGUGACUGCUUACGAAGCUUCACUGACCUGGAAGAGCUUGAUGAAACAGAGCUGUACUAUUGCCAUAAGUGUAGAAAACGACAGAAAUCCACCAAGAAGUUCUGGAUCCAGAAGCUGCCAAAGGUUUUGUGUCUGCACCUCAAAAGGUUCCAUUGGACAGCCUUUUUAAGAAAUAAAGUGGACACCUAUGUGGAAUUUCCACUGAAAGGUCUGGAUAUGAAGGGCUACCUGCUCGAGCCAGAGAACUCGUUACCAGAAAGCUGCCUGUAUGACCUUGUUGCUGUUGUAGUGCAUCAUGGCUCUGGGGUUGGAUCGGGGCAUUACACAGCAUACGGCAGCCACGAAGGCCGCUGGUACCACUUCAAUGACAGCACAGUGACUCUGACCAAUGAAGACACAGUGAGGAAGGCCAAGGCCUACAUCCUCUUCUACGUGGAGAGGACUGACCAGGUGGCCUCAGACAAGACUGCCACGAACAGCACAGCUGCAGUCACAGUCAAACCCGCUGUGGACGCAGCAGCCGCGGACACUGUUUCUUCAGAAGUAGUUGCUCAGGACAAGGUUGCAUCAGACCCGAUGGCCACAGACAGUGUUUUGAUGGACGUGGCGGCCCCAGAUAAUGCUGCAUUGGAAAAUGUGGGCAAAGCCAUGGCUGCACUGGAUGAAGCUGGCACAGAGAGAAUUGGUUCAGUAAAUGCUGCAACAGAUAGGGAUACCUCAGACACGGCUGCAACAGAGGAUGCUAGCCAAGCUAUACAAGCCGCGGCACAAUGAUUUUGUCAGACUGCCUCAGAGCAGAUCCUCACUCCACUCUGGCUUCACCUCAGUCACAUUUCUCACAGUGCUUGAUUUAAAUAGUUCAUUUUCACGUUUAAAGCUAGGGUAGGCAAUUUAUUUUAGAAGCAUUUUUUUGUAUUUGUUGAAAUUCUCUUUACUUUUUGAGAGCAAUCAAUAAAUCAAAUGCUCUAACAAAAAAAGAAGAAAAUCCAGGCUGCAAGCCUGUAAUAAGUCCAUCCAGUCAUUUCAUUCGGUCCGCAUGAAAUGAUUGGAUGGCCUACCUGCCUGUUUACCUACCUACCUGCGUACACUCUGCCCAUCUCUUUCAUUGUCCGCCUCCAAAACCUCCUCACUCACCAGUCCGUCAGAGAGCCAAGUUUACUUCCAUGAAAGUCUCUCGCUCCAGCAUUGUUGAUAAGAUUAUGUGCCGUUCAGUUUCCCCCGCCUACAGGAAGUAGUCUGAUGAUCGCACAUCGCUUUUCAUUCUGCUUUCUGUUGAUAUUCCCAUCUUUUUUUUUUUUUUUCCUCUCCUGCAAUUCAUGCAGUCCCAUUACUUCCUAUUCGUUGGUAUCCCGCUGCUCGUCUGACCUCCAAACUUUCCGCUGUGUGAGUGAGUGCUGUAGUAAACUGUUGUGUUGUGUGCGCGUACGAAGCGCGUGCAUAUGCGCGUGCUCUUCUGGUGGGAGGAGCUUUGGACAGAGAGGAGAGGGGGGAGAGCUGCAGGGGGAGGGCUGUAUUUUAAAUUCUGGUGUUUUUUUUUGUUUGUUUUUUUUUGUUUUUUUUUUUGCCUUUUCCAGAAAACAGCCUACCCCAGCUUUAAUGUAUGUGCAAGUAUUUUGUUUUUAUGACCUGCAUGACAGCAUCAUGUAUAAUUUGCUGCUCGAUUUUGUUUGUUUAGUAUGACAUUUUACAUUUUUUUUUGAUGUUGUAUUCCUCGGUUGAGGUAGACUUCUCUCCGUAUGUAAUAGAUUCCAAAGGUGAUCGUUUAAAAGAAUGAAGUAAAAGCUUUAGCCUUGGAAAACCUCUGUUGGUCCAAUGUUUAGCCUAGACUGACAAUAUCCAUUGUGUCAAGACACUGUGUCAUUGUAACAAUAUUUGGUGUUUCUAUUGUUUUUAAAGUUUCCAAUUUUAUAUUUUCCACCUCUUAAGAACCUCGUAGUUCUGUUUUCCAGUUAGGGGAGAUUUUAGGCUUUAGAAUGCAAUGCAUUUAUUGACUGACAAGUGCUCAUUAGGGCUGUAAAAAGUUGUUUUUAACCUCUUGACCAGAACCAAUGUGAAAGAAUCAUUCUCAAAUUUUGUUUGUCUGUAUUGGUGCCAGAGUGUCAUUUAACAUUUUAUGUUGAUCUGAAACAGGCGCUGAUGAAAUGCUCUUUUAAAACAUGUAUCAGAAAAAGUGAAAAUGAAAAAAUACAAUGGAGAAUCCUUUUUUUUCAAA